AUGGCCUCGAUGCAAUUCUCGCCGCCCCCCGACAUCGACCCGCUGCCCACCAAGCUCCCUCCCCUCAAGAGCCAUGAUCGCGACACCAUGCUGCCCUCCCUCAGCAGCCUGACUGCCGACGUGCCGCCGCCGCCGCCCUCGAACUGGCCGACCCUGAACAGCCCGCUGGCCUACCGCCCGCCCCAGUCUCUCGCCUACCAAGUCGACAGUCCCGCCACCAUGGAUCUCGACGCCAGCAGUGUCGUGAGCACCGCCACCUCGGACCGCCAGUUCGACGGCGCCUCCAACACCGGCCUCACCCUCGACGACCCAGACGUGCGCUUGGCCGCCGAGGCCUUGGGUGACUUGAGAGCCGACAGUGGCUCUCUGCCUGCAAUGAGCCCACGCGCCAGGAGCGCCCAGCCCACGCCCCACUCACGAAGACCCGGGUCGCCUCAGCAUGAGCCUUUGUUGUCCUUGCUCACCACCUCGCAUCCGCUCCUGGCAAGCACCAUUGGCGGCGCCAGCUCGGCCUAUGGAGGAGCCAAGAACUUUUCGCCCCGCUUCAAGUCGAGCGCUGAAUACGUCGAGGGCUACCUGACCCCCAUCGCCAACACCGUCAACUCGGUUGGCCGUGUGACCGGUGUCGAGGGCGGCGUCAGGUGGUUCCUCGGCGCCAACCGCCGCCAUGCCUCAUCCUCGGACUCGGAUCUCGGCGGAAACUCCAACAAGCGACGCAAGGUGGACAGCGAGCGAGACAUGGCUGGCCAGGACCACGCAAGGGGCAUGCAGAAACUCUGGGCUGAAGAGUCGUCCCAGUUCACUCCCAGGACCCCACGUCGCCUGUCCUCGACGAGCACCGUAGACACCCUGCCUGCCUACGACGAGAUGCGAUCCCCGGCCUACACAGAAACCACGGGCCCGCAAAACCCCCCGCGAUCCAGUCCCUCGGCCGCCCCAUGGCAGUCCCGUCUCAUCAUGUCCACGUCGGGGCUCAGCGUCGCCAUGAGUGCCGAGAGCUUGCGCAGCCUCAAGUACUGCCUACGCUGGCUCCGCUGGACCAACGACCACAUGGGCCGUGUCAUUGGAACCCUCAAGUCGACCCUCGAAGAAUACGAGAGGACAACUCCCGAGAGGGCCCGCAUCCAAGGCUCCGCCGGCGAGGCAGGCUCGGAUGACGAAGCGUCGGAAGCGGCACCGGAGCAGUCUCGCGUCGAGCUCGCCAACAGGAUUAACUCGCUCAACGGCGACGUUCUCAAGACGCUCCAGGAUGCCAUCAACACUGUAUCAAAGUAUGCCGGUGGCGCGCUCCCCGAAAACGCCCGGGUGCUCGUUCGCCGACAUCUCACCAGCCUUCCUCAACGGUUCCGCGUGGCCACCAUGUCCAGCGCACCCGAGGGCGGUGAUGGGGACAGCGAGUCGGCCAUCCGCGACGGCGCUCAGAAAGUGCUCGUCCUGGCGAAAGAAGGGCUCGACAUGGUGACGCAGAUCAGCGGGGUUGUCGACGGCACCAUUGUAACCGCUGAGGAGUGGUGUGAGCGCGUGGGCAGGAAGAGGCAGAACUCAGGCGAGGAGGAACAAGAGCCUGCCGUCUGCCGGCAGGAGCCGGAUGGCGAUGUCAAGGUGAAUUGA